GCCACUGUGGCUGCGACUGUAAGCCCGGGCGUUCUUGCUUAGAGGCGGCUACCUGGAGCCGGAAGCGCGGGUGCAGCAGGGCGAAGCUCCAGGUGGGGUCGGUUCCGCAUCCCGCCUGGCGUGUCCACGAUGCGGCUGGGCUCCGGGACUUUCGCGACCUGUUGCGUAGCGAUCGAGGUGCUAGGGAUCGCAGUCUUCCUUCGGGGAUUCUUUCCGGCUCCCGUUCGUUCCUCUGCGAGGGCGGAACACGGAGCAGAGCCCCCAGCGCCCGAACCCUCGGCUGGUACGGACCCCUCCCCAGCAUCUCCGCUCCCCUGACCCCACAUCCCCUAGGAGACCCUUUUUCUGAGCGUCACUGCUGGGAUUUCUUCUCGGCGCUCCCCGGUGGUGUCUCUUCCGUUAUGGUCCCCACCCCAGAAUUUUUUUUUUUUUUUUUUAAUCGCUCCAGCGUCUCUUUUCUGUAUUCUUACAACUUUGUGGCAACCACCUCUACUGGCCCCACUUCGACCUUCCUUCCUGAUCACCACAAAGAGCCAGUUCUAACUGGACCACGCUGCCAUCACCUCUCUUCAGUAAAGUUGUUAUUGUUCUGAUAGAUGCCUUGAGAGAUGAUUUUGUGUUUGGAUCAAAGGGUGUGAAAUUUAUGCCCUACACAACUUAUCUUGUGGAAAAAGGAGCAUCUCACAGUUUUGUGGCUGAAGCAAAGCCACCUACAGUUACUAUGCCUCGAAUCAAGGCGUUGAUGACGGGGAGCCUUCCUGGCUUUGUCGAUGUCGUCAGGAAUCUCAAUUCUCCUGCACUGCUGGAAGACAGUGUGAUAAGACAAGCAAAAACAGCUGGAAAAAGAAUAAUCUUUUAUGGAGAUGAAACCUGGGUUAAAUUAUUCCCAAAGCAUUUUGUGGAAUAUGAUGGAACAACCUCAUUUUUCGUGUCAGAUUACACAGAGGUGGAUAAUAAUGUCACGAGGCAUUUGGAUAAAGUAUUAAAAAGAGGAGAUUGGGACAUGUUAAUCCUCCACUACCUGGGGCUGGACCACAUUGGCCACAUUUCAGGGCCCAACAGCCCCCUGAUUGGGCACAAGCUGAGCGAGAUGGACAGUGUGCUGAUGAAGAUCCAUACCUCGCUGCAGUCGAAGGAGAGAGAGACGCCUUUACCCAAUUUGCUGGUUCUCUGCGGUGACCAUGGCAUGUCUGAAACAGGAAGUCACGGGGCCUCCUCCAUGGAGGAAGUGAAUACACCUCUGAUUUUAAUCAGUUCUGCAUUUGAAAGGAAACCUGGUGAUAUCCGACAUCCAAAGCGUGUCCAACAGACGGAUGUGGCCGCGACCCUGGCGAUAGCACUUGGUUUGCCGAUUCCAAAAGACAGCGUAGGGAGCCUUCUAUUCCCGGUGGUGGAAGGAAGACCAAUGAGAGAGCAGUUGAGAUUUUUACAUUUGAAUACAGUGCAGCUUAGUAAACUGUUGCAAGAGAAUGUACCGUCGUAUGAAAAAGAUCCUGGGUUUGAGCAGUUUAAAAUGUCAGAAAGAUUGCAUGGGAACUGGAUCAGACUGUACUUGGAGGAAAAGCAUUCAGAAGUCCUGUUCAACCUGGGCUCCAAGGUUCUCAGGCAGUACCUGGCUGCUCUGAAGACGCUGAGCUUGUCCCUGAGCACACAAGUGGCCCAGUACGACAUGUAUUCGAUGAUGGUGGGGACUGUCGUGGUUUUGGAGGUUCUCACCCUGCUCCUGCUCAGCGUCCCACAGGCACUGCACAGAAAGGCUGAGCUGGAAGUCCCACUGGCAUCUCCUGGGUUUUCUCUGCUCUUUUAUUUGGUGAUCUUGGUUCUUUCGGCCGUUCACGUCAUUGUGUGCACCUCAGCUGAAAGUUCGUGCUACUUCUGUGGCCUCUCGUGGCUGGCAGCAGGUGGGGUGAUGGUGCUGGCCUCGGCGCUGCUGUGUGUGAUCGUGUCUGUUCUAACCAACAUGCUCGUGGGUGGAAACACCUCCAGGAAGAACCCUGUGCCUCCCAGCUCAAGGUGGUCAGAGCUAGACCUUCUUAUUCUGCUAGGGACGGCGGGCCACGUCUUGAGCCUGGGUGCCAGCAGCUUCGUGGAGGAGGAACACCAGACCUGGUACUUCCUUGUGAACACCUUGUGUCUAGCUCUGAGCCAAGAAACCUACAGAAACUACUUUCUGGGAGACGACAGUGAGCCUCCAUGUGGCCUCCGUGUGGAACAAGGGCUUGAUGGGGCCACAGCAGCGUGGCAGGACGGGCCUGCCUGUGAUGCGCUGGAGCGAGACAAAGGCCACAGAAGCCCCUCUGCCUCCCAAGUGCUCAGAGGCCACGAGAAGUGGAUGGUGCUGGCCAGUCCAUGGCUGAUACUGGCCUGCUGCCGGCUGCUGCGCUCGCUAAACCAGACAGGUGUGCAGUGGGCUCACCGGCCUGACCUCGGCCACUGGCUCACCAGCUCUGAUCACAAAGCCGAGCUCUCUGUCCUGGCUGCCAUCUCCCUCCUCGUAGUUUUUGUGCUGGUGCAGAGGGGGUGCUCCUCUGUGUCCAAGGCUGCCCUGGCGCUGGGGCUGCUGGGCGUCUACUGCUACCGGGCAGCCAUCGGGAGUGUCCGGUUCCCGUGGCGGCCGGACAGCAAGGACAUUUCCAAGGGUAUUAUUGAAGCUCGUUUUGUUUAUGUCUUUGUCCUUGGCAUUCUGUUCACGGGCACCAAAGACUUACUUAAAUCUCAAGUCAUUGCUGCAGACUUCCAACUCAAGACUGUAGGUUUAUGGGAGAUACAUAGUGGAUUAGUUCUUCUGGCAGCCUUGCUCUUUAGACCACAUAAUCUUCCGGUCUUAGCAUUUAGUCUCUUGAUUCAGACUCUCAUGACUAAGUUCAUCUGGAAGCCCCUGAGGCACGAUGCAGCUGAGAUUACUGUGAUGCAUUAUUGGUUUGGGCAAGCCUUCUUCUAUUUUCAGGGCAACUCCAACAACAUUGCCACCGUGGACAUCUCUGCAGGCUUCGUGGGUUUAGACACUUACGUGGAAAUCCCAGCCGUGCUCCUGACAGCGUUUGGGACGUAUGCAGGGCCUGUGCUCUGGGCCAGCCACUUGGUGCACUUCCUGAGCUCAGAAACACGCAGCAGUUCAGCACUGAGUCAUGCUUGCUUCUGCUACGCGCUGAUUUGUUCUAUUCCAGUUUCCACAUAUAUCGUUUUGGUGACAUCUCUGCGUUAUCAUUUAUUUAUAUGGAGUGUAUUUUCUCCAAAACUUCUCUACGAGGGAAUGCAUCUGCUCAUUACAGCUGCUGUCUGUGUAUUCUUCACGGCAAUGGAUCAAACCAGACUCACACAGUCUUAGACUAAGCUGAACACUGGAAAAAUAAUACAUGCUUAAAGUCUGCUGUUAUUCUAAAAUGAAAGAUGUGAAUUCAACAAAGUUGAUGAAUAAUUUCUUUGACUACUGUACUUGAAUUUAGACUAAGUAGUAAAUAGUCUAAUAAAAUAUCACUUUAAUAUACA